CAGGUCAGCUCAAACAUGGAGAGAGGAGCAGAGAGACAAAGAGGAGGUGAUAGGGAGGUGGUAGAGGAAAAAGGCUCGGUGGAGAGGCAGUGGGGGGAGGCAGAGGUACUGGCUCUCAUGUCAGUAUGGGACGAGGUGGGAGCUCAGCACAUAGCUGAAAGCAGAACCACAUUUGAGUUGAUCUCAGAGCGUCUGAGGAGGCUCAGUGUUGUGCGCAGCUGGUGGGAGUGUCAGGCCAAGUGCAGGAGCCUGGGACUUCAGAGCAGGAAGCCUGACGCAGCAGCAGGCACUUCAGCAAACUACAGCCCAGGAGUGGAUGGAAGGCCAGUGGAGGGCUGGGAGGAAGAGGUGGAAGAUGUGGGUAAUCAAAGAGGAAUCUACCCUUCCUCAGUCACUAUCCCAAUGCAGGAAGGUAUCAGGAGUCGAAUCCAUCGGGCUCUUCCUUACACUGCGGGUGUGGCUGAAGAAGGGGGCCGCCACUGGACAGAUGAUGAGGUGCGAGCACUGUUGUGCGUUUGGGCUGACCGGCGGAUUCGAGAGCGCUUGAAGUGCACGCUACGCAACAAAUCCAUAUUCCAAGAGAUGGCCCAUCAGAUGCAGAGAAACUUUGGGGUGGUACGCAACUGGAAACAAUGUCGAACAAAAUACAAGAACUUGAAAUAUGACUACAAGACUGCUAAAAGUGCUCACACUGCUGGAGGCAGCAGCGCAGGAGGCCCGGGCAAGUACAUGAAGUUCUUCGAUGAGGUGGAAGCCAUUCUGCUGGACCGGGGACUAGAAAACGGGACCAUGGAGAUGCAGAAGAAGUUGUAUGAUGGAGAAAUGGGAGCAGGGAGAAUACAAACACCAGCACAGACAACAGCCUCAGAAAGUGAGGUUGUCAUUGAAAUUGAUGAUGAUGACAACAGUGACGACUACGAUAUGGACGGAGACAUGGAAGUAAAAUGGAGAGGAGCAGAUGCCCAUCUGACACUCGCAGAUCCAUCCAGCUCUGACCAGUUCCACGUGGUCACGGUGUCGGACACAGGUCGAAACUGGAGCGACCAGGAGGUGCGAGCGCUGGUUCAAGUCUGGUCAGAUGAGCGCGUGUGCAGGCAGUUGGAGAGCUCGACUAGAAAGAGAGACAUCUUUGUCCAGAUCUCCAACAGGUUAAUGCAGCAAGGCAUUGAACGCGACUGGAAACAGUGCCACACCAAGUACAAAAACCUCAAGUACCUUUACCGUUCCCUCCAAAGAGGAAAAACUGAUGAAGCUGACCCAAGACGCCUUAUGAGGUUCUACGAUGAGGUGGAUGCCAUCAUGAAUCGCACAACUAACGGCUCACCACAUGACACAGGAGCUGCAGACCACCAAGCAGAUUUGGACAGGCUUACGAUGUUGGAGGACUGUGAGGAGAACGCUCAUGCAGAUGUCUGUUUGACAAAGAUGAACACAGUGACCACAAUGGCGGGAACGAUGGAGGAAAGAACUUGUAGCCCUGAUUCUGUCUCAUCUACAAGCCUCAAUGUUACGCCAAACGAUGAAGAACCGAGGCUGCACACAGUCCAGGAGCUUCGCUUGGAUCAACAACACAGAUUAAUGAGCUCUUCAGAAACUAGGGCAGAAAAAGAGGACACCUAUUCAGCAAACAGAAGAAUGAAGAGGAAAGCCGUGGAUCAAGACCCCACACUCCAGACACCAGUAAAAAAACUGGCCACUGGCUCUAACUUUGCCAAUAACUUGAAGGCCUGGUGUAAAGAAGAGCAGGAUCACAUCCCGAUAAUAAAGAUCAAUUCAGUCCGUUCAAUGGCCUCCCCUAAUCGAUCCCCAGAAAGAGAGGACUGUAGGUCUUUAAGGAACACCAACAUGGCCUCCGCACCAGAGUUGAAGAUCGGCCAGAAGCUAAAUGAGGGAAAGACGAAGCAGAUUUUUGAGCUCGUAGACCAGCCCGGACUGGUUCUGGUCCAGUCCAAAGAUCAGAUCACCGCUGGGAAUGCCGUGAGGAAAGACCAGAUGGAGGGCAAGGCUGUCAUCGCCAACAAAACGACGAGCUGCGUAUUCAAGCUGCUCCAGGAAUCUGGCAUUAAGACUGCCUUUGUGAAGCAGCACUCGGACACAGCGUUCAUCGCGGCCCAUUGUGAGAUGAUUCCCAUUGAGUGGGUAUGUCGGAGAGUGGCAACUGGAUCAUUCCUCAAGAGGAAUCCAGGAGUCAAAGAAGGCUACCGCUUCUCCCCCCUGAAGAUGGAGAUGUUCUUUAAAGAUGAUGCCAACAAUGAUCCCCAGUGGUCAGAGGAGCAGCUGCUGGAGGCCAAAUUCUCUCUGGCUGGGCUCACCAUCGGUCAGUGCGAGGUGGAUAUCAUGAAUCGCAGUACUGUGGCCAUCUUUGAGAUUCUGGAGAAGGCGUGGGCCACUCAGAACUGCACGCUGGUGGAUAUGAAGAUCGAGUUUGGCGUGAAUGUGAAGACUCAAGAGAUUGUCCUUGCUGAUGUGAUCGACAACGACUCAUGGAGGCUGUGGCCAGCUGGAGAUCGAAGCCAGCAGAAGGAUAAGCAGGUGUACCGAGACCUUAAAGAAGUUACCCCUGAGGCAAUGCAGAUGGUUAAGAGAAACUUUGAGUGGGUCUCUGAAAGGGUCAAGCUGCUGCUGGAGCCCAAGGCCAGCGGCAGGGUGGUGGUUUUGAUGGGCUCCGUCUCGGACAUGGCUCACUGUGAAAAAAUCAGGAAGGCCUGUACCUCGUACGGGAUCCCCUGCAUCCUGAGAGUCACCUCGGCACACAAAGGUCCAGAUGAGACACUCCGCAUCAAAGCAGAAUAUGAAGGUGAUGGAGUACCGACUGUGUUUGUGGCUGUAGCCGGCAGAAGUAACGGCCUCGGUCCGGUGAUGUCUGGAAAUACUGCAUAUCCUGUCAUCAACUGCCCACCUCUCACUCCAGACUGGGGUGCACAAGAUAUCUGGUCAUCCCUCCGCAUGCCAAGCGGUCUUGGGUGCUCCACAAUCCUCUCCCCCGAGGCCUCUGCUCAGUUUGCCGCGCAGAUCUUCGGGUUGACCGAUCACCUGGUGUGGUGCAAACUGAGGGCCUCCAUGCUCAACACCUGGGUGUCUCUCAAGCUGGCUGACAAGAAGUUGCAGGCCUGCAGCCUCUGAAGUGGCUCAAUACCCCUUGUGAGCCUAGUGUGCUCUUUUAGGGCUCUACUGUCUGUCAGUGUCUUUGUUUACCAUGAAAACUCACAAAUGGUAUACUUUCUAACACACAUAAAUCAUUCCAUUAAAAAGAAUGAUUAAAAGCUUCCUAAUUAAA